AUGAAGCUGAAAGUCACAUCCACCCUUCGUCCAGAGUCUGUGGGAAUUAUUUAUAAAGAGAAGACAGUGGUUGAGCGGUUUGUUGGCCUUCAAAACAUUACCGAUGGGGACAGCGGCCGGGUCCCAAGUGGCCCAAGGCUGAAAAACCUCAUCGAUGAUGACUUUUUUCAUGAACUCCCAGAAACCUUUCCAUCCGAUCCACCUGAGCCUCUACCACAUUUUCUUAUUGAGCCUGAAGAAGCUUAUAUUGUGAAGAAUAAGCCUGUGAACCUGUAUUGUAAAGCCAGCCCCGCCACCCAGAUCUACUUCAAGUGCAAUAGUGAAUGGGUUCAUCAGAAGGACCACAUAGUAGAUGAGAGAGUAGACGAAACCUCUGGUCUCAUUGUCCGGGAAGUGAGCAUUGAAAUUUCGCGCCAGCAAGUGGAAGAACUCUUUGGGCCGGAAGAUUACUGGUGUCAGUGUGUGGCCUGGAGCUCGGCGGGCACCACAAAGAGCAGGAAGGCCUAUGUGCGCAUUGCAUAUCUACGGAAGACAUUUGAGCAGGAACCCCUGGGAAAGGAGGUAUCCUUGGAACAGGAAGUCUUGCUCCAGUGUCGACCACCUGAAGGGAUCCCAGUGGCUGAGGUGGAAUGGUUGAAAAAUGAAGACAUAAUUGACCCCGUUGAAGAUCGGAAUUUUUAUAUUACUAUUGAUCACAACCUCAUCAUAAAGCAGGCCCGCCUCUCAGAUACUGCAAACUAUACUUGUGUUGCCAAAAACAUUGUUGCCAAGAGGAAAAGCACGACUGCAACUGUCAUAGUCUACGUAAAUGGUGGCUGGUCCACCUGGACAGAGUGGUCUGUGUGUAAUAGCCGCUGUGGACGAGGGUACCAGAAACGCACAAGGACCUGCACCAACCCAGCACCACUCAAUGGUGGUGCCUUCUGUGAAGGGCAGAGUGUGCAGAAAAUAGCCUGUACCACCUUAUGCCCAGUGGAUGGCAGGUGGACUUCAUGGAGCAAGUGGUCUACUUGUGGGACCGAGUGCACACACUGGCGCAGGAGGGAGUGCACGGCACCAGCCCCCAAGAACGGAGGCAAGGACUGUGAUGGCCUCGUCUUGCAAUCCAAGAACUGCACUGAUGGGCUGUGCAUGCAGAGUUUCCUUUAUCCUAUCUCAACUGAACAGCGAACCCAGAAUGAAUAUGGAUUUUCUUCUGCUCCCGAUUCAGAUGAUGUCGCUCUGUAUGUUGGCAUUGUGAUAGCUGUGAUAGUUUGCCUGGCCAUUUCUGUAGUUGUGGCCCUAUUUGUGUAUCGCAAGAAUCAUCGUGACUUUGAGUCUGAUAUUAUUGACUCUUCGGCGCUCAAUGGAGGCUUUCAGCCUGUGAACAUCAAGGCAGCGAGACAAGAUCUCCUGGUGGUACCCCCAGACCUCACAUCAGCUGCCGCCAUGUACAGAGGACCUGUCUAUGCCUUGCAUGAUGUCUCAGACAAAAUCCCAAUGACCAACUCUCCAAUUCUGGAUCCACUGCCCAACCUGAAAAUCAAAGUGUACAACACUUCCGGUGCUGUCACUCCUCAAGAUGACCUGUCUGAGUUUGCAUCAAAGCUGUCUCCUCAGAUGACCCAAUCUUUGUUAGAGAACGAGGCGCUCAACGUGAAGAAUCAGAGUCUAGCAAGGCAGACGGAUCCAUCCUGUACUGCAUUUGGCACCUUCAACUCUCUCGGGGGUCACCUGAUUGUUCCCAAUUCAGGAGUAAGCUUGCUGAUUCCCGCUGGGGCCAUUCCCCAAGGGAGAGUCUACGAAAUGUAUGUGACUGUACACAGGAAAGAAAAUAUGAGGCCACCCAUGGAAGACACUCAGACACUCUUGACCCCUGUGGUGAGCUGUGGGCCUCCGGGAGCCCUGCUGACCCGCCCCGUCAUCCUCACUAUGCAUCACUGUGCAGAUCCCAAUACUGAGGACUGGAAGAUACAGCUCAAGAACCAGGCAGCACAGGGGCAGUGGGAGGAUGUGGUUGUGGUUGGGGAGGAAAACUUCACUACCCCCUGCUACAUUCAGCUGGAUGCAGAGGCUUGCCACCUCCUCACAGAGAACCUAAGCACCUACGCCCUGGUGGGGCAGUCCACCACCAAAGCUGCCGCAAAGCGCCUGAAGCUGGCCAUCUUUGGACCACUCUGCUGCUCGUCUCUGGAGUACAGUGUUCGAGUCUACUGUCUGGAUGACACCCAGGAUGCCCUGAAGGAGGUAUUGCAGCUUGAGAGACAGAUGGGAGGACAGCUCCUAGAAGAACCUAAGGCUCUUCAUUUUAAAGGCAGCACCCACAACCUGCGCCUGUCGAUUCACGAUAUCACCCAUUCCCUCUGGAAAAGCAAAUUACUGGCAAAAUAUCAGGAAAUUCCUUUUUAUCAUAUAUGGAGUGGGUCUCAAAGAAACCUCCACUGCACUUUCACCUUGGAAAGAUUCAGCCUGAACACAGUGGAACUGGUUUGCAAACUCUGCGUGCGACAGGUGGAAGGAGAAGGGCAGAUCUUCCAGCUAAACUGCACCGUGUCAGAGGAGCCUACUGGCAUCGAUCUGCCUCUGCUGGACCCAGCGAGCACCAUCACCACCGUGACGGGACCCAGCGCUUUCAGCAUCCCUCCACCUAUCAGACAGAAGCUCUGUAGCAGCCUGGAUGCCCCGCAGACGAGAGGUCAUGACUGGCGGAUGCUGGCCCAUAAGCUGAACCUGGACAGGUACUUGAAUUACUUUGCUACCAAAUCGAGCCCGACUGGCGUAAUCCUGGAUCUCUGGGAAGCACAGAACUUCCCAGAUGGAAAUUUGAGCAUGCUGGCGGCUGUCCUGGAAGAAAUGGGAAGGCAUGAGACAGUGGUGUCUUUAGCAGCGGAAGGGCAGUACUGACUCGUGCUGGGACUGGAAAUGAAGGACGGCAAUGCACAGGGAGUCUGUGGCCGUCCAGGGCAUCACAGUUAAGAAGGAAAUCCAGAAUGGACCCAGACCGAUCAGUUUCAAAGGCAAGACUGCAAGCGGGAGAGAGAAGGAAAACAUAACACAACUGCUGAUACACGUGCCCACUUUACUCGGACAUCAUCACAGGAGUUAAGAACAAUUGUGUAAAUUUGUACCUUGAAUUUAGAAAUCGACCUAAUUUUCCUCUUAGUUGGGCUGUAUGCUGUGUGGUACAGGAUCUUACAGUUUCCUAGGAAACGCUUUUUAUUGCUAUCCAGGUAUAUGGAUAAACUUUCUUAACAAACCCAAUUUCUACAAACGUUGUUUACAUCAAAUUGGACAGGGAUGCGGACACUGUCCAUGGCUCGUUCUAUUUUUGUUUAAAUCAUUUGAAGUUGAAGCUGUGGACGGUUUGUUGUGUCUAUUUCAGAUUAGUAAUUUACAGAGACAUCACAGACUUUUGCUACAAACUGUGUGCAUCAAGUGUCUCAGAUAAUCCUUCCAUUGGUGUUCCGUUUCUAGAACUUGUAGAACCAGUGUUACUGUUUGUAUCAGGGAGGUGGAGAAUCUAAGUGUAAAGGAGAAAUAACUAAGACUCUUUAUUCCUUGAGGGCACCCAUCUGGUGCCCUCUGGGAACAAAGCUGUAGCAAUGCAGGGAAGACAGUGAUUCAUGUUCAGCCACACAAACAAGCAUUUCUUCACCACGUGUGUGUUUGUAAUACGCAAUUUGAGGUGUUUUUUUAAAGGCAUCAUUAUUAUUAUCAUUAUUAUUAUUAAUGAGUAUUUACAGGUAUUCUAGUAAAAGGAUUUUCUUUUAGCUUCUGUUUUUGUUAGCAGUACUGUUAGUAUUUAGAUAUUGACUAGACCUGCUUCACUCUUCUGACAUAAGGUGGGCGUGGUCACCAGUUUAAUUAAAAGGCUUUGCUUCCUUGACCUUUUAUCUUUCUUGCAUCCUUCUGCACCAGAAAGAUAGUCAGUGCUCACUGGCUUUGUCAGUCUCUUCUUUCAGCUUGCUCAGGCAAGGUCUUUCUCCUCCGAGUCUUGUUGGGAGAAGCGUUCUCUAUUAAAGUUCACUGAAUAUUGUAGUUAUGUGAUUACACACUGACUCCCCCAGCGUACUCUGUCUACUUUAGAGGCAGUGUGCAUAGAGGAACAGCCUCCGAACUGGCAAUCGGAAAACCAGUUCACAUUCUGGCUUUGUCAUUGUCUAGCUGUGCUACCUUGGGAAAGUCAUUGAACCUCCCUGGACCUCAGUUUCCUCACGUGUCCAAUGAAAGGGUGGAAGUAUUAGAUAUUCUCAAGGUUCUAAAAUGCUAGACUUCUCCUGUGAUGUCUCCAGUCUCAUUCAUCAGUCUGAGGCCCACACUGGAUGCUGACCUGGAUCAAUAAAGAGCCAGCUAGUCUCUUGCCCAGGCUACAGUAUGCCUUCCAAAUAGUUCCAGCUUUGAAGAGGAUGAUCCUUACCUGUAACCUGUCAUGCUUCCCAGCCUUGUCUUUGUGCUGCUCACCAAGAGGUGGCAUCCCUUUAUUAUCAUUUUCUUUCCUCUUUGGGGACCACUUGCCUUCCUGACUAGUUGCAAGUUAUGUUCUAUUAUUGUCUUAAUCAAACGUUUUUAAAAUUAAAAAAAAAAAAAAAACAAAAAGUAGUCAAACGACUACUUUGUGUAAACUAUGGUAUUUCCUGAGAAUUAUCACAGGCCCUUGUUUUUAACCCAGGGACUCCAUUCAUUCAACAGGUGGGAAAUAAAGGGUCAAUAGCCCAGAAGCCAAGCCACGACUGAACAACAAGCGUAUGAAUCAGAACCUUCAAAACAUGGCCGUGGUUCACUUUUGGGCUAGAGGUAUAGAGGUUACUGACUGGCAUUGAACUAGAAAUCAUUUUAGAUAUUUUCCUCCUUCUUUACCCAUAUAUUUCCUCUUCUAUUUUGGUGACUUCUUAGUAUGCCCAAGAUUCCUCAAGGCAUCCUUAUCAUUGAGGAACUAUUGAUACCUUGUUAUGGAGCCUCUUCUCUCACCGUUUUUGUUUCUUAUCUUCUGUUUGGGGCAUAUUUUCCAUAACCUGUCUCUCUCAGGCCACCCCUGCACCAUAGAUAAAAACAUGUUACACUUAUCGUGAAAGGAAGGAAUUGCAGUAAUAAAUAAGUUCAGUGGAUAAUGUUUGUACCAAUGCGUAUUUGACCAAAAGAUAGUAACACUGUAUGCUACAUAAAAAGAUUUUUAAAUAGAUAUUUUUUUACAAAGAGGGGGACAAAAGAUUGCUAUUGUCCAUUACUUCAGUUUGAAAUAACUUCUCAAGAUUGCUCAUCAAUACUGGUUUGGGGAGCUGUCAUCUGUGGAAAUCAAGAAUUAGAAAUCUGAAGGAUGUUCAAAGGAACUUCCAUGCCUAGUGGAAAGGAAAGAGUGGUUGAUUCCUUGUAAGUGAGGUACUCAUCUGUCAUAGAACCUGUUAUGUUCCCCAUCAAGUGAAUGGCAACUCCCUUACGUACAACACACCAUUCAUGUCCAAUAAUUUUCCCUACGAAUUCUGAUUUCCUUUUCCUUUGGAGUAAAAUAAUAGCAGUUAGGUUGCUCUCAAACUUAGAAGGUCCAGAUUCAACAGUUCAUUUCAUAGAGAGCCACUCCAUCAUUCUAUGUGACAUGUCCUGCCUUUGAUUCCUAGGGUUUCUAUAUAGCUUGUGAGGAAGGACACGCUUAUUACUUCUUUGGGAUGGGGAAAAGAAACCUAUCAUUUGUGCAUAGUGCCAUCUAGUGGUACACAACGCAAUCUAUCCUAGUGUCACAAAAAUUCACAUAAAGUUGUUUGACAAAGGGAAUUAAUAGCUAAACAGUCAGGAUCUUUAGGACACACGUGGGCAAAUUUUCACUUCAAAUCUAUAGUUUUCUUAUUGUCACACUUAUUUACUUAAAUCACCCAUAAAAAUUCCAUGUCAUUAUGAGGCUAGUACACCAACUCUUUCACACACUGUAUGUCUCAAGUUGGUUUGGGGUAAUAGGAAUGAUAGAAAUACAUAAAUCUCUGUAUAAAACAGUUUUUGAAGAGUUGUCAUGUUUAACAUUUACAUUUUUUAUUGAGAUUUGGAUGUUUUAAAUCUCUUACAUUUAGUUUUCUAAUAUUUAUUUUUGGAAAUGUAAGAAGAAUCCGCUUACAAAUAAGUUUUAUAUAUGCAAAUGACAGAACUGUGUCUAAGGAAGGGAGAUUUGUGAUUGGUAACCAGGACUGGAAGGAAGAUUCCUUUCUGCUGAAUGUGGGUGUCUAAAGGCAGAGGUCUCAUCCCAUUUUCAUUUUAUUCUCACCACAUUCAUUCAGAUUUCCUUAGAGUGAUCUGGAAGGAAUAGAAACUGGAUUCAGUACUGGUAACUGGACACAGGGUGAUGACAAACAUGUAACAGAGAACAGCCUUUUCACAAACUGUGUGGACACCAAUGUGGACACUCACCUCUGCUACAAGGAAAAAAAUCCCCAUCCUCAGAUGACUUCUUCAAAGGCAGGGCAAUAUUUUGGGUGAGGUGUCCAAUACUCAACUGUAAAACCAUUACCCAUUUUCAUAUGUACUAUUAUUUUAGAGAUAUUACUCUCUUAACUUUUAAACAGUAGAGCCAUUCUUUAGGAAGAAGUCAUGGAGACUGAGUUUAGGACACUCUGGAAAUUAGGUACUCUGUAAUUUUUUUUAAGAUAUUUAUUUCUCAUGUAAGUUAGAUACCUUCAAAGUAAGCAUUCAGAUGGUGGAAUCAAGACUUUUUACUUCUGGAGAGAAGCAAACGAGGCUCUCGUCCUUUGUAUCCCCAUGUGUAUGACUGUCAGGAACACAGCGGAUAUGCUUUCGGUCCACUUCUGUCAUCCACAUAUGAGGAAGGGAGCCAGUAAGGUGAUCACUAACUUCCUAGAAUUCACAAGCCUUUGCCAGUAUAUGGUCUGCCCCCAUGGGGUCAAGCAAAUAAAAACUAUAUAAGGACCUGCAAGAGAGUGUAAAGAAUGUAGAAGAAGUUUACAUGUUGAAUUUUCAGUCUUGAAGUUGAAUGUGAGUUUUCUUUAGCUUUUGCUGAGCAGUUGCUCUGGACAAGUUAUCUGUUUCACAUAGAGACCUCAGUACAAGUCCAAGGCCAAUGAGGGAAAGGAUGACCAUGGAAACAGCUGAAACUGGGUUUUAUCCAUCUUCUUUGAGAAUAGAGGAGCUUUUGUGAAUCAGAAUGUUGUUGCUUAAAGCCAAUUAUUUGUAAAGAUGAUAGUGGUCAAUGAGCAUUAGAUUUUAUAGAUCCAAUAAGGAAAAUAUUUUUAUUAUUAUCUCAAGGUAAUAAGACAUUUUUUUUACCUUCCGAGUGCCUCAUAGGACCAACUAUUACACUUUGGGUUUUUUGUUUUUGUGUGGUUUUUUUUACCCUUGUUGAACUAAUGUUGAAUGAAAUCCUUACAACUUUGACUCUGUGCAAUGAAGUGCUGUUUCUCUACCCUAAGAAAUAUAUUUGUAUAAUCUCUGGCUGUAAUGAUCACUUUCAAAGAUUUCCCUUGCAUUCUCUAAUGAUUUUUUUCAAUGGAAUAAGUCAUAAGGGGAAUAAAUAUAUUGCAACCAA